AUGGGGCAUACUUUUGAACCACUCAAGAACGACCUGGUUAUCAGGGCUGCCUGGGCUGGCCGAUACUUGCCCGAGUACCAUGAGGCCAAGGGCAACAGAGACUUUUUCGAGUGCUGUCGCGACCCAGAGGUGGCCUCCACCCUGACAUUGCAGCCCAUUGACCGCUUCGAUGGCCUGCUUGACGCCUCCAUCAUCUUCUCCGACAUUCUUGUCAUUCCGCAGGCCAUGGGUAUGGUCGUCGAGAUGGUCGACAAGAAGGGCCCGCACUUCCCAAACCCCCUUCAGUCGCCCGACGAUGGACAGUACGCCGAGGUGCUCGCGCGGGAUGUGGACGUCUCCAAGGAGCUGGACUACGUCUACAGGGCUAUCACCCUGACCCGCAAGAAGCUUCAGGGCCGAGUGCCGCUCAUUGGCUUCUGUGGCGCUCCCUGGACCCUGUUCUGCUACAUGGUCGAGGGUGGUGGCACCAAGCUCUUCAUCCAGAGCAAGAAAUGGAUCUUCAGACAUCCCGAGGAGAGUAAGAAGAUGCUGCAAAAGAUUGCUGAGCUCUGCGUCGAGUAUCUUGCUCUGCAGGUUCAAGCCGGAGCACAGCUUAUCCAAGUCUUUGACUCAUGGGCAGGAGAGCUCUCGCCUGCAUCCUUUGAGCAGUUUUCCGCUCCUUAUCUGCGCUACAUUUCGGAAAACCUCCCGAAAAGGCUCAAGGAGCUGGGCCUGGAUCCUGUCCCAAUGAUUGUUUUCCCCAAGGGUGCCUGGUUCGCCCUGGAGGAUUGCUGUGCCAUGGGCUACAAUGUCGUCGGGCUCGACUGGCUUUACAGUCCUGCCAAAGCCAACAAGGUCCGAGGUGAUCGGCAAAUCGUCCUGCAGGGCAACGCCGACCCUGGAGUGCUCUACGGCACCAAGGAUGCCAUUACGGCCGUUGUCAAGGAUAUGGUUGAGGGAUUCGAGUGGAAGCAGAAGAAGAAGGGCUGGAUAGUAAACCUGGGCCACGGAAUUACACCGCUCGUCAACCCGGACGACCUGAAAUUUUAUCUGCAGGAGAUCCACAGACAAACCAAGGACUAG